UUUGCAUUUUACUUAGACUAGAAGAGACGGUAUUUUGACACUGCUAGGUUGGCAGGUCUGCUUUUACUCCAGUAGAUAUGAUCCUAGGCUGGUUUUAGUAGAACAACAACACGAGUUUUGCUGAUUGAUAUCAAGCACAUAAAGUCUUGAAAGUAUUUUCUUUGUACUUGGUCUAGUGUAGUGUGCUGUACUAUCCAUGUGUAUACUGUGGGUGCUUACGACUCUACACGGCGCUGGGAGAUAAGAUGGCGGCAUGUACUCAAGCUGCCAAAAAGGCACUGCGGAGUCAACUGAAAAAACAGAUCAGAUCUCUGACGCUUGAGCAGAAGAAGAGAGAGUCACUUGAAGUUACGCAAAAGGUGGACACCAGACGGGUCAUGAACUAAAGCUUUUGUUGAGCCAUAAGUGGUAUCAACAGAGCUGCAGAAUAGCAGUGUAUCUUAGCAUGGACGAUGAAGUCGACACGGAGCCAAUCGUAAAGCACAUUCUGGCCUCAGGAAGAGACUGUUUUGUGCCUCGAUAUGUUGGUGACCGAAUGGACAUGCUUAAGCUUUAUUCACUCGAUGACUUGUCGUCACUUCCACUUACAAAGUGGAACAUCAAACAACCUGCAGAUGAUGAUGACAGUCGACUUGAUGCAUACACAGCUGGAGGUUUAGAUUUGGUUGUGAUGCCUGGAUUAGGCUUCACAAUAGAAGGCGACAGAUUAGGACGAGGCAAGGGAUACUACGAUAGCUAUCUCUCACUAUGUGAGUCAAGAGCUUUAAUGCCAAAAUCUAUAGGUCUGGCAUUCAGUGCUCAAAUGUGCAAGAGCAUUCCGAUGGGGCCAACAGAUAAGAAGAUUGACUUAGUCUUGUAUCCUCAGGGAACUGAACCCGGGACAAUAGAGAACAUUAAACACCAAUAAUUGCUUGCUUGCAAAUUGUGUACACAAGAAUCCAGUUAUAUAUUGUUUAUUUGAUAAUUAGAUUAUUAAAUUCAUGAUUCUACAGC